CGGAGUCUCUGUUCCAGCGGCUGAUGGAGAAGCACAGGACUGGCAGAAAGAAGUUCCUGUUACACAGGCUGACUGUGAUUGGCCGUCUGUCCUGCGGAGCGGCUGACAGGAGGACUGUGGGAGAUCACUACGAGAGGCUGAUUCUCAGUCUGCAGAGGAGCCUUGUGGGUGAAGACGUCACCGGUCUCCUGCUGCUCUACCCUCAGCACACGCUACACGUCAUCGAGUGUUCGACUGAAGCUCUGCUGUCUGUCCUGCAAGACCUGCGACACAUGGAGGAGAACAGCUGCUCUCUGCCCCGCAGCGGCCCGAUCCUGGAGCCCCGAAUCCUGCUGGUGUCCCACGACCUUCCCAGCAGACUCUUCCAGCACUGGAGCUACACGCUGCUGCAUGAGUGUGACAGCCAGCGGACGCUCGUCUCAGACGAACAGAGCCCAGAGGAACUCGUGAGAGACACCCUUCAUCAGAUCCUGCGGCUCGGACGCCUCCUGCUCAACAAGACACAACAGAUCACGGGAUCUAAAGUGAUUCUGGAUGAAGUGCUGAAGGAGGCGUCAGAUGUGGUUCCUCCUCAGGCCGCGGUGAGUCGUCUGCUCCAGAUGGAGGCGCUGUUGAGUCCCACGCGCUACAUCAGCACGUAUCAUUCACCGCUACACCAGCGUCUGGACUCCGAAUCUGUGUGGCCUGCAGUGGAACAUCUUCAGAUCGUUUGA